CCCACGGACGCCUGACGUCAUCACGUUGUGUUAGUGUCAAAAUUUCCCGGAAAGACACCACUCCGAUUAAAUAUAGAAAUAAACAAAACAUAGAUUGGAUAAAAAUUUGGAUUUGUCUUCCGAGAGGGUCAUACACUUGUAGCUAACAGGUAUAUUUAACAGUAACAUUAAAUUAUUUGUUAAUAGCCACGGGUGGCUUGUAUUUCGGCUUAUUUAAGCACCUAGCUAAGCUAAGCUAAUUUGGCUUCAGCCGCAAACAUGAUGGCGUCAAGCUACAACGCCAAGGAAGAAGACGGCCAUCACCCCGGGGUCUCGGGAGCUACUGGAAACGCCGCCCGGAGUAAAAAACCAGACAACACGGCUUUCAAACAGCAGCGUUUACCGGCGUGGCAGCCUAUCCUUACUGCUGGCACGGUGUUACCGGCCUUCUUCGUUAUCGGGCUGAUCUUCAUCCCUAUCGGUGUCGGGCUGUACGUAACGUCCAACAACAUCAAGGAGUUUGAGAUUGAUUACACGGGGGCAGACGCCUCAAGUCCAUGCUACAACUGCUCGCAGAGCAGCUGGAACAGCACGACACCAUGUAAAUGCUCACUGCCCUUCUCUCUUGAGCAGCCCUUUGAGAGCAACGUUUUUAUGUACUAUGGCCUUUCAAACUUUUACCAAAACCAUCGUCGCUAUGUGAAAUCCAGAGAUGACAGCCAGCUGAACGGAGACGCCUCAUCCCUGAAGGAACCGAGUAAAGAAUGUGAGCCAUAUCGCACGAUUGGAAACACACCCAUUGCGCCUUGUGGCGCUAUUGCUAACAGCAUGUUUAAUGACACGCUUGAAUUGAUUUAUCUCGAUCCCAAUGGAACCAGGAACAUAAUUCCACUCAUAAAGACGGGCAUCGCCUGGUGGACGGAUAAGCAUGUGAAAUUCAGAAACCCUGGUGGCAGUGUUUCCAACCUGACCGCUGUUUUUCAAGGAACUGCGAAACCAGUCAACUGGCGUAAGCCUGUGUAUGAGCUGGAUUCAGACCCAGCGAACAAUGGCUUCAUUAACGAAGACUUCAUCGUGUGGAUGCGAACGGCCGCCCUGCCCACAUUUAGGAAACUCUACCGUAUCAUCCAGAAGAAGAACAACAUGACUCCAACGCUUCCCAGAGGCAACUACACUCUGGAAGUCACUUACAAUUAUCCCGUGCGCAGCUUUGAUGGCCAAAAGCGCAUGAUCCUCAGCACCAUCUCGUGGAUGGGAGGGAAGAACCCGUUCCUGGGCAUCGCCUACAUCACCGUGGGUUCCGUCUGCUUCUUCCUCGGAGUCGUCCUACUCUUCAUCCACCACAAAUACGGGAACCGCAACAACAGCUCUGACAUUCCCAACUAACUUCGUGUGAUCACCUGCAUGCCGUCUGCCACAUGCAUGAUGACCAACCGCUUAUCAUCUGAGCUUGUGUGUGUGUGUGUGUGUGUGUGUGUGUGUGUGUGUGUGUACGUGUCCUGUGUGUGUAUAUACGAGUAUCUUGCUUGGAGUGCAGCACUGCAGAGCAUUGUUUAAGACAGUUGUUUAAUUUUAUAUACAUGUACUGUAUGUAUUUUUAAAAAGGUUAAUAGUGUUCAAAGUCAUUAUUAUUAUUAUUAUUAUUAUUAUUAUUAUUUAGUCAGUAUUUCUGUAUUUUAUUAUGGCUCAUGGGCUUCUAUAAUUUUAAAGUGUAUAUAUUUGAACAGGUCAUGAUAAGUGCGACUUUGCAAAAACAUUUACUUGAUUAAAGUGAAUUAGUGUAUAUAAGCUAUAACUGUCAGAGCUGAAUCCUUGCCCAAGUCUUGUUGCCUAAAGAAUCUGAUACAGGACACAUGAUCCAGUAGGUCAACAUCUUUAACAGCUGUAGAUCAAUCAAACAGGAGACUUUCAGACCCAGUGCAAAAUGCAUCGACUUGGCUGACCAACUAAAAUUUAAAUGGAUGUAAUUAAUACCAAAUUCUGAAGUUUAUAUAGUGUAAAGUUCCUUGGGAUCAAAAGUAAUUCCUGCUUAUAUGGUUUAUAGAGUGCCAUAACCUGACUCAAAGUUAUUUCUUGACCUGUCUGUUUUAUUUAAAUGCAUUCCUUGUUAGUGUUAUUAUUAUUAUUAUUAUUAUUAUUAUUCUUUUUUUUUUUUUUUUUUUUUUUUCUUUUGCUUUUAUGGUUUUGAAGAUUUUGAGUAUCACAGGUUGUCUUGUUCUUGUCCAGCUCUUUGCACUUUAGGCUUGGCACAGCUUUUAUGUCGUUCAUUUUGGUCACUGUUAUGGAUGUGUUUCCAGAGAAAUAAAAUUAGAUGGAAACAAA